UGGGCGGCCAUGCCCCCUCUCAGACAAUCCCUCCCCAUCUCUUCCCCAACCACGAGAACCGCUCUUCCUGCCCCCUCCGAACAACUCCCCAUCUCCGCGGCAGAGAGAUCAGCUUGUUCGAGCCUGUGAUCGAGGCGAGGGAGGUGCAGGAUUGGUUGGUUGGUUGUCUGGUCGUCUCCAGCGGUCGCCGUCUCCGCUCCUUUUGCCGUCCAACUCCCCGGCCCCCCUUCUUGCUUUCUCACACCUCCGCUCCAAUAAUGAUGGUGGGGUGGUGGUGGUGGGUUUGGUCCUGAAGCCCCAUCCGUCCAUCCCCAGGUCCAAAUCCACCAGCUGCUUCUUUCUUUCUUUCUCUUUUCAGCUAAGGUUGGGUCGGGUGGUGGUAGGUUUUCUUUCCUUCCUUGCUGGGGAUUGGGAGGCCUCGGGUCCAAGCCACCUCCCCCGUCCACGUCGCAGCGCCUCGUCGGUGCCGCUAGCCUCUGCGAUUGGCUCGAUUGGUGAUUCUUGGUCUCUUGGUUGGGGACUAGCGCCAGUGCCACUAGCAACUUGUAGGCAAAAUUCGUUUCUUGCUUCUCGCUUGUGAGGCGCUGGUGCCUGUUCUUGGUUCUCUUCCUCCGAAUUGGGAAGGGUUGUGUCUUCUCAUGAGGACGGAGGAGAGGAACGGCGUGGCGGGGGCGGGGAGGGACCAGUUCCCCGUCGGCAUGCGGGUCCUCGCCGUCGAUGACGACCCCGUGUGCCUCAAGGUGCUCGAGACCCUCCUGCGCCGCUGCCAGUAUCAUGUGACGACGACGAACCAGGCUGUUAUCGCGCUCAGGAUGCUGCGGGAGAACAGGGAGAUGUUUGAUCUAGUUAUCAGUGAUGUCCACAUGCCAGACAUGGACGGCUUUAAGCUUCUUGAGCUGGUGGGGCUUGAAAUGGACCUCCCUGUCAUUAUGUUAUCGGUGAAUGGAGAAACAAAGACUGUCAUGAAAGGGAUAACUCAUGGUGCCUGUGACUAUCUCCUAAAACCUGUCCGGAUUGAAGAGCUUAGGAAUAUCUGGCAGCAUGUUGUCAGGAGGAAAUUCAGUACCCGUGAGUGUGUUACUCUUGAUACCUACGAAGAGUGCAAUAAGCCACUAAGUGCAGAUUCUGACUAUGCAUACGGCCAAGUUACAUGUGGGUCGCCCGACCAAAGUGGGAGGCCCAGCAAGAAGAGGAAGGAAUACCAUAGUGAGGAGGAAGAUGAAGACGAGGACAGCAAUGGUCAAGACAACGAUGACCCUUCAGCUCCAAAGAGGCCAAGAGUUGUUUGGUCAGUUGAACUGCAUAGAAAAUUUGUUGCUGCUGUCAACCAUCUUGGAAUUGACAAAGCUGUGCCAAAAAGAAUACUUGAGCUCAUGAAUGUUGAGAAACUCACUAGGGAAAAUGUUGCAAGUCACCUACAGAAAUAUAGGCUUUAUCUCCGACGGUUAAGUGCUGUGGCAUCACAACAAGCUGGCAUCGUUGCUGCUUUGGGAGGCAGAGACCCCUUUCUGCGCAUGGAUGCAUUUGAAGGGCUCCAGGGUUAUCAAGCAUUCACAUCUCCUGCAGCUCUAUCAUCUUUCAGUGCACAUGGGCUAAGUAGUCCUAGAAACAAUCAGGCAGCAGUUGUGAUACAGGGCAGAUCAAUUCAUACUGGCAGUGUCAGUUCCACAACAAAUAAUUCCAUUGGUGAUGCAAAUAAGUACCAUCUUAGCCUACAAGGAAACCAGCAUGGGAAACUGGCACAAGGUUUAGCCACAUCGCUUGGGCAGGCCCAACUGCAACAGAAGUGGAUGAAUGAAGACAACGGUGAUCUGUCCGCCAUCCUUUGUGGCAAUAGCCUGGUUAAAGGCAUGCCUAGCACGCUCCGAAGUGUCACGAGCAGUACAUUACUGCCUCAAGAUCAAGUGGAGUGCACACAAGCCAAAGUAGCCAUCCAGCCGUCAAUUCGAGCUCCGCCUGCAAGUUUAGAACUUCUCGAAGGUGCCGUUGGAGCUUCUUCUGAUCCAUUGGAGUCUCGUGUAUCCCAGCAGGGUGCUCUUCCUUUAUGUGGAUUUUCUGGGAGCAGGCUGCCAGUGCAUGGUCCAUUCAACAAUAAUGGUGCAACAAGAUUGGGUGACGCAUUCUCAGCAAGUUUCCGUCCAACAAAUGACCUCACGGUAGCAAGAGGUAGCAAAGUGGGAGCCAGCUCUUUUGGUGGCACGAUACAUUUGUCUCCAGAUACCGAGCAAAAGUACUGGAGCUUUGGAAGUGGGAACAGCUUUAGACAGAAGGCGGAUGAAAGUAGUGCAGACAGUCUACUUGAUCCAAAGCUUGUAUGGAGUUCCUCUCAACUCACAAGCAAUGUUGAUGCUCAUCAUUCCAUGAGCCAGAGGUCGAACAACUGCAGCAUAAAUAUCGGUCACGGUGCCAGAAUGUUUGGACAGAUAAGUGCAAAUGCUUCACCGGUUGUUCCACAAGCGAAGAUUGAUUUCCUCUUCUCAGGAGAUACUUCGAUGGCAAGGAAUGCCUCGGAAUCAAGCAUUCCGAGGCUGCAGACCGAGCUCAGCUCUAGCACCUGCAGUUUUGACGGUCUUCUCAAUUCCAUGAUCAAAGUGGAGAAGGACGACAAUGCCUUUGGUGAUGAUCUGGGGUGUGACUUCUACUCGCUCGGGGCUUGCAUAUGACCAGAGGCUGCCGCCCCUGUAUCCAUGUCUCUCUACAACCUGUGUAUACUAUGGUAUGGUGUGUAGUGUAGUGUAGCUAGCUAGUAUUGCUGAUCUUUAGGCCUAGCUCUGCCCUGCUUGGGCUGUAUGUAUUGUAGUAGCAGUAGUAGCUGUUGGAGAACAAGAUGGUUCUUUUGCUAACUUGAGCAGCUAGAGACAUUGAUUGUCUGAUUGUAAGCUUA